AUGUCUUUUAAAGCUGGCAACAAACGCAAACACUGUCGCGACACCGAGUCCUCGGAGGCCACCUGCGUUGUUCUUAGCGGGUCAGCUGGCGAGGGUGGAUUGGACGCAACUCCGCUGCAACCGGCCAAGGCUCGUGGACGACCCUCCGACGUUGCGAGCCCGCCCAAGAAGAAACUCAAGGACGACAGCUCUGACAAUGACUCGCAAGCUGGCGACGUGUCCUCUCCCGAGGGCGAUCCUUCCGACGACAGCAAGAACAGCGCGGCGGACCGCUCUGCUGAUGAGAGCGGAGCUGAGGCUGCCACCGAUGGCGGCAUCGAGGCCUUGGCCACCGUCACCCGUAAUGCGAGCCGCUGUCUUCGUCUUCUCACUGCGGACGAGAAGCAAAUCAUCUCCAAGGGCUGGAGAUCGAAGGUCUACGGACACUUCAAGGUUCCGGAGCUCAUUGCGGGACCCAAGGGGUCCUAUAUCUACCGAUUUGUCUGCAAGAGGUGCCCAUCCAAGCAUGUCAAUCGUGCUGAUUACAAGUACUUGACUGGUAACCUCAAGCACCAUGUCGACUCCUGCAAGCCCAACGACACUCCCAAAGGCGAGAAGAUCUAG